GAAUGUUUUAUGAUUUGCUUUUGAUUUUGUUAUAAAAAUGUUUUACGUAAUACAAGUUUUAUAUUUAUUUUUGUUAAUAGACACAAGAGUGUUUUGUAUAAAAAUCAAUUCAACAUUAAUUGUGACACCGAAAACUAUUAAAGGAAAUUCUAAAAAUUUGAAGAAUUACCAAAUUUACAGAGAAACUAAAAUUGAGGAUAAUAUUUCUGUUCUAUUCAAAUCCAAUAAAGAUGAAAUUGAUGAAAAUAACGUUGAAAAAAGCCAUCAAGAUAGCAUAAAUGUUUAUCAUAACAAAUUUUUUUAUCGUAAUCGUAGAGAUACUAAAUUUGAUUGGCAAAAGGAUGAUGAAAAUUUAGAUAAUAAUCACAAUGUUAAAAAUAGAACCAAUGAAAUUAAAAAUUUUAAUAAUUUUAAGAAAGAAAAAAAUUAUUUAAAUGAAAGAUCUAAUAUGACCGAAAAGGGAAAUUUGGGCAUUAUUCCUAAUGACAGCGAUAGCAGGAAGCAGAAUAUUGAAUGGGUAUCUAAAAACAGAGGUGCUUCUAAUAAAAACCCUGAAGUUCAUGAAGAAAAAGAAUCUGAUGAUUUAUCAUCUGAGCAAAUUUUCUCACCUGCUUUAAUUACGUUAAGCGCUGGCGAAUACUUCUAUGACUUGGAAAAAUUUAAUAGUAGGAAAAUGGUAUUCACCACUACAACAGAAAAUAAUAAUAUGACGAGAAAAUUGUCACCAAUUGAGAAAGAAUUAAUGGAGUUCCUGAAACAACAUUCACAACAACAUCUAGAAAUGGCAAAACCAUUACUAAGUGAUGUUAAAUCAAUUUUAUGGAAUGGGGGUUAUGAUUUCCAUCAAAAAUCAGAACACUCAAAAGAUUCAAUUCCUGAAAAGAAGGAGAAGGGUGACAAUUUUUUAAAAAGUACCAUGAACACGAGUAGAUCCUUUGAUGACAAUGAAAGCACUACACAACUUAAUACUGAACAUUAUGAACAUCACACAACAGGAACUUACAAAAUUGGAGAAAAUAGCGAAAUAUUCGCUAGUACAGAAUUUUCAAAACUGGAUACCACAACAAAUAUUCCAAUAAUUGGAACCGAAAAAAUUGAAAACAACGAUGAGAAAGUAAAAUCAAAUAGCAGUGUGGAAGAGCUGAAUAUUCCUUUUUCCAAUCCAACAGAAAAAAUAUCACUUGUAUCAAUUCAUAUUAAUACUAAACCUUUGAAUACCACAGAAAGGGAAAAGUUGCAAACAAGUGAUACCACAAUCAACAAAACAAUUGAAAUGGACACAAAAUAUUUGAAUUCCGAAAGCAACAAAACGAAGUUCGAACCUAAUGCAAAUAAUAUGACCCAAACUAAGUCGACUAUUGAGAAUCUGAACGCUGCAUUUAAGCAUAUCAACAAUAUUACCGAAAAUUCCACGCCAAAUGGUGAUUUAUCAAUUCCUAAACUAAAAAAUGGUAGGGUCACCAGCACUAAAAUUCAAAAUUUUAAAGAUACUAACAAAUUUCAAAUUAGUAAAAUUUUGUCAAUUGAUCAUAACAAAGGUCAAAAUAUAAUGACUAUUGAUGAAAACUAUAAAAAUCAACAUAAUCUUGUAAAUUCAUCAAAUCUCACAGUAGCUCAACGACAUCAUUUAAUUCGUAGAUCACCUGCUGAGAAUUUGACUAGACUACAUCAAUCUCGUAAUCUUAAUACUCGGGUGGAAGUUGAUGUUGGAAAAAUAUUUGUUCAUGUGAACACAGGUAUUCGUGAUAAAAAUCACACACUAUGGAAUUUAUUUAAUAUAGUAAAGAAUGCAACGCAAGGGAAUGGUAGCAACGGCAAUGGUAAUGGUGGAGGUGGUAAUAAUGGAAAUUGUUAUGAUGGAACCAGUAAUAACGGAGGCAAUAAUGGAGGAAGCAGUAGUAACAGUAAUGGUAACGGUGAAAACGGUAAUAACGAGAAUGUCGAUCAAAGCAGCAGGAAUAAAGGUAACCAAAACAGAAAUCGUAACAACAAAAUUGGAAUCAAAGGAAAUAUAAUUUAUAGAAACGAAAAUAAUAGGUACAAAAUAAAAAAACAAGUAGACUGUGAUCCGCCCAACAUACGUAAUUCAGGGUGCCAAGUAAGAACCAAUAAUUAUUCUUGGAGCUAUGAGAAAUUGAACCAUUUUACCAACCAAAAUCAGAAAAAAAUGACUACUGGCAAUAAGAGCAACACUCAAAAUCAACACAAAAUUGACGAAAUUAAUAGAUUUAGCACUUUCUCAAAAAAUACUAACCGUCGUCGGAAUAAAGGUUUUCUGAAGGUGCUUCAAAAGAAAAACCAAAAAGCACAUAAUAGCCCAAAAAGAAAUAACGAGAAAAACACGCGUCAGCCAACUAGGAAAAAAGUGAAAUCAAGAACUCAAUCGACUAAUGGAAGACACACACAGCUUAUGCAAAGCAGGAAAUCCUAUUUAAGUUUUUUUCAUCCGUUUUCCUCUUAGUUGAAGGAAACCUUCACUAUUUAUGCCGUAAAGAACAUUAUACACGUAUUUUGCAUUUUAAAAUUGCAUUUACAUAUUUGCAUGAAUCUAUGUUACAAAGAAUUGAUGUCGUAUGUAACUUGGAACUUCCAAACUAUAGAACAGAAAAAAUAGUCAUUAAUCAAUGUAAAUAAUUAACGAAUUACUCCUGAGUUCUUAUUCAAAUAUUGUUAUACAAGCACUAUAAAUCUACAAUGCUACAUUUUACCAAUGACACUUGUUAUUGAUAUGUGUACUUGCUAUACACCUAUAUUUUUUUUGCCGUUAGAAUUUUAAAGAAAGGAACUAAGCAGAAUUCACAUAUUCUUUUAUUAUCACAGUUAUUGGAGCGACUCCUAACUUCAGAAUUGAUUCACUUUCAAACAAUUUUCUCACCUAUGUCUAAACAUAAUUUCAUGUUCACAUAUACAUAUAUAUUAAAUAUAAUAACAAAAAUUUCAACUACAACCAAGUUGUUAAAAUUUAAAAAAAAAUCACGUAACUUUCCGUAAUUUAUUUUCAAUUACAUUGAAAUUGAAAUCAACAAUCAAUAAAUUCUUUCGCAGAAAGAUUUAAAUCUCACCCUGAAAUUUUCAUCUCAUCUUAAAAAUGUCUGCGUUUUAAUCACAGAUCGGAAUUUAAAUUUGACUCCAAUAAUAACCUAUUUGGAUUUUCUUUGGUCUUUUUUUAAGCGUUUUCAUUUCAUUUCGUUUUGGAAUUUGAUGAAUGGCUGUAAAAAUAAAUUUUUUUAUUCUUCAUCAUCACCCUAGUUAAUUUCAUAAUAAAAUCAUCUUUGCAAUUUAAAUUGAUUGAAGGAAUGGAAAACAAUUUUAUAGUGAAAGUACAAAACAAAAAGUGUUCAUACGAAAAGUAAUAUAAUUUAAGUGAAAAUUAUUGUAGGUUAAGACCUACAAAUAAUCUACAAGUAUAUUAUAGGUCGUCAAGUUUUUAAAAUAAUCAUAUAGUACUAUUAAAAAAUUUAUAAUAUUAAAAAAGAAAGUUUUAUGUAAUAUAAAAUAUUCAUA